UGCAGGAGAGAAAGGGGGGGAUAUAAAUCCAAACACUUCUUUUUCUUCUUCUACUAAAAAAAAAGAAUGCAUUUUGGAAAAUCCACCUGUUGUUCUGCCUGUUUCUGCUGAUCCCUCCCCGCUUCUUCUGUGUACGGCUCCCAGAAAGUGUGUGAGGGAGCCAGCUGUUGCAUGAGUGGGCCUGGAAAUCAGCCUUCAUCACCCCCACCCCCCCCCAGUUUACCUUGGAAAUUUCAGCCAAACUGUUUGGCAGAGGUAAAAUUUUUCAACAGGAGGAGUGGCAACAGGCCAUUCCCUUGGCCUGCGUAGGGGCUCACUUGACUGGUGCUCCCUCUAUAAAGGCUGAAGUCAGCGUAGAGGCCACGUCCAUCCUGUGGAGGUGCAUCAUGGCUGGCUGGCAGUUUGUGUGCCUGUCCCUUGCCUUCUGCCUGGGGGCAGUGAGGGCUGCAAAGCUGGGCAUUGUGAGCACAGAGGGAGGCUUCGUUGAAGGGGUUAAUAAGAAGCUGGGCCUCUUUGGAGACUAUGUGGACAUCUUCAAGGGAAUCCCUUUUGCUGCACCUACAAAGACCCUUGAGGACCCCCAGCCUCACCCUGGCUGGCCAGGCACCUUGCAGGCCAAGGGAUACAAGAACCGCUGCAUGCAGUCCACGCUUACCCAGACAGACACUCGUGGAAGCUUAAGACGUCAUUUACCUGAAUACAUUUGGGUCCCUGGGCAAGGGAAAAGCAAGUUUCCAGUUUCCACCAACUUGCCUGUGAUGAUCUGGAUCUAUGGGGGCGCUUUUCUCUGGGGAGGCGGGAUGGGCCCGAAUUUCCUGAACAACUACCUCUACGACGGGGAGGAGAUUGCCACCCGGGGGAAGGUCAUUGUGGUGACCUUGAACUACCGCCUGGGGCCUCUCGGCUUCCUCAGCACAGGAGAUGCUAACCUGCCAGGAAACUACGGGCCUCUAAAGACCAACACACAUUACGGCCAUUGCCUAAAGCGGAAGAGAAACAUCAAGGCCUUUGGGGGAGACCCCGAGAACAUCACCGUCUUUGGGGAAUCGGCUGGGGGUGUUAGCGCCUCCUUGCAGACGCUGUCUCCCUACAAUAAAGGCUUGAUCAAACGGGCCAUCAGCCAGAGCGGAGUUGGCUUGUGCUCCUGGGCCAUUCAGGAGAAUCCCCUUUUCUGGGCUACCAAGGUAGGGCAGGUGGUUGGCUGCCCCACAGACAACACCGCGGCUCUGGCAAACUGCUCAUGGAUCAAUGGACGUGCUCUGACGAUGCAUGCACUAUCGGAAGUGCUCAACCUGAAGUAUCCCCUCGUGCACUACCUUGCCUUUUCCCCGGUGGUCGAUGGAGAUUUCAUCCCGGAUCACCCUGAGAAUCUCUUUGCCAAUGCCGCAGACAUUGAUUACAUCGCCGGAGUGAACAACAUGGAUGGGCAUUUCUUUGCCAGCAUCGACAUGCCUGCCCUCAACCGUCCCCUGGUGAAGAUCACGCCGGAGGAGGUGUAUAACACGAUCCAAGGGCUGACAAUGGAGAAGGGCGUGAAUGCAGCCAACCACGCCUACUCGCUCUACACCCAGGUCUGGAGUGAAGGCGCGAGCCAGGAAGUCAUGAAACGGACCGUGGUGGAUCUGGAGACGGAUUACAUAUUCCUGGUCCCCACCCAGGCGGCCCUCCAACUCCACUCUCAAAAUGCCAGGAGCGGCAAGACCUACAGCUACGUGUUCUCCCAGUCGUCUCGAAUGCCCGUCUACCCCAGCUGGGUAGGAGCGGACCACGCUGACGACCUCCAGUACGUGUUCGGGAAGCCCUUCGCCACGCCGCUAGCCUACCGAGCUCAGCACAGAACCGUUUCGAAGGCCAUGAUUGCUUAUUGGACCAACUUUGCCAGAACUGGUGACCCGAACAAGGGAGAAUCUGCGGUGCCCAUUGCCUGGGUCCCCUACGAUCCCGUGCAAGGCCACUACCUGGACAUCAACACCGCGCAGUGACCUCACUACUUAUCUCGUGAAGCAGGGGCUAAGAGCACCUUUACGCAGCAAUCUCUCGGCAGUCGCCGCCACCGCAGCCUUCCCAACGCUAUGACCUAACGCCUAAUGAUGCUGGAGUAGGACCAGCGCUCCACGACAUUAAACUUGUGCUUGCUGCCACCA